UGGACAAACGCUAGCUUAGUUUAGCCAUGACUAGCACCAACUCCGCUAAGGACCAUUUCAAGUUCAAAGAAGCAUUAUUUCUCUUUCCGUUUACACUUUUUCUUUUUUAUUAAACUUUCUUUCUCAUAAUAGUAUCUUUUUACAUCAACAAUUUGCAAUCCGAAGGAUUGAAGACAAUGGCUUUUCAGAUUGCGAGAAGAUUCCUUGGAGGCGGCGGUAAUUCAGUUGCACCGUCUAUUAGGUAUUUGGGUCGGACCUUCACUUCCGCAGCUUCCGAAUCCAACUUGAUCCGCGCUACUCUUUUCCCCGGCGAUGGUAUUGGCCCUGAGAUCGCUGAGUCCGUCAAGCAGAUAUUCAAGGUUGCUAAGGUACCAAUUGAAUGGGAAGAACACUAUGUGGGGAAAGAGAUAGACCCUAGAACCAACAGUUUUCUAACAUGGGAAAGUCUUGAAUCAGUGAGACGGAAUAAGGUUGGUUUGAAAGGGCCAAUGGCCACUCCUAUCGGAAAAGGUCAUCGUUCCUUGAAUCUUACAUUGAGGAAGGAGUUAAAUCUAUAUGCCAAUGUUAGACCUUGCUACAGCCUACCUGGAUACAAGACUCGCUACGAUGAUGUGAAUCUCAUCACUAUUAGAGAAAACACUGAAGGAGAGUACAGUGGUCUUGAACAUCAGGUAGUAAGGGGUGUGGUUGAGAGUCUCAAGAUCAUCACCCGUCAAGCAAGUUUAAGGGUUGCAGAGUACGCAUUUCACUAUGCCAAGACCCACGGAAGAGAGAGUGUGUCUGCAAUUCACAAAGCCAACAUCAUGCAAAAGACAGAUGGUCUUUUUCUUAAGUGUUGCCGAGAGGUUGCGGAGAAGUACCCUGAGAUAAAGUAUGAGGAAGUUGUCAUUGACAAUUGCUGUAUGAUGCUUGUGAAAAAUCCAGCACUUUUUGAUGUUCUGGUGAUGCCUAACCUUUAUGGAGACAUAAUCAGUGAUCUUUGUGCUGGUUUAAUUGGUGGUUUGGGCUUAACUCCUAGUUGCAAUAUUGGCGAGGGAGGUAUUGCUCUUGCUGAGGCCGUGCAUGGUUCAGCACCUGAUAUUGCCGGAAAGGUUUGUAUUUAAAUAGGAUAUCAUGUCCCAAUGCUUCUAUAAUCAGAAUCUCAUUUAAUCAUCAACUAUUACAACAUUC